UAUUGAUUGCCAAUAGGUGUCAACUCGCACACCUUAGUGUUAAGUAAUCACUUUUACUGUAAAUUAAAACUUAAAUUUCAUAAUGUAUAGUACUUUUUUAUUUUGUUUAAACAUGGACAAGUUCAAAUAUAUUCAAAUUGUUUUAUUCGGCUUCUUGAUACUAAAAGAAUCAAGCACAAACCCUUUACCAAAUGAAAACAAAUGUUCACCACCUUCACAGGCGCAAUACGAACAAUUCCCUUACAUAGUGUUUCUUAGAAUGCGUUCAAACGGAGAAAUAUUAUGUCAAGGCACAUUGAUCGAUGUGAAUUGGAUACUAACCUCUGCGAAUUGCAUUAAUACUACAGACAACGUUCUAUUGAACGAUAUUGAUAUUGUGAUGCCAAAUAAUAAAUCACAUGAGACCAUUUUGAAGCCGAUAAAAGUGAUACAAACAAAAUACAACGAUGUGGCAUUAAUUGAGAUGGAAAAAUCCAUUAUUGCAACUAAUGUAGCACCCAUCGAAUUGACCAUUGAAGAUAAACUUUCGAACAAUACAGAAUGCGUUGUGACCAGUUUUCAAAAACAGUCAAACAAUGAUUUAUCACUCAUAUAUUGGAACGUGGUUAAUAUUUCAAAACAACCAUAUGAUAAGAGCGAAUGGUACUUAGAAGAUACGAUUUGUCAUUCAGAAAUAUGGAAUUCAUUACAGAACAUAACCGAUAAUGGAACUCCUUUGGUCUGUAAUAAUCAUCUAUAUGGUAUAUACUCACUCAAUGAGCCUAAGAUAUUUAAUAACAUUUUGAAGUACAACAAUUGGAUCCAAAAUGUAAUCAACCCAAUAACUUCUAAUAAAACUUCAGAAAAACAUGCAAACUAUUUUGUAUUUAAUAAUAAUUUGUUGUCUGAUACUAAUUCAAUGGUAACAGAUGGAUAUACAACAGAAAUCGAUACGAGUGAUGAGUCUUCAGCAAAAACUGAAGAAACAUGGAUUCAUUCGAAACCAACAUCUCCACCAACUGACUUCAUUCAAGAAGAAAACAGAAGUACCACAGUGUACGUAGAAGAUUCUUCCGUAAGUACAGAAAGUACUGAAGAUAACGAAAGCACACCGUCCGUCGAUCCAACUUCUGAAGCUACAGUAGAAACACCAACUUAUGUGACAACAGAGUCAGAGGAUCCUACUUCUUCAACACAAUCAUAUUCGUCUACUACUAUUAUUAAAUCAUUAACCACGGAAAUAUCUACUUCAAGCCCGAGUCCUCCAACCACUUUAACUGGAGAAACAGAAUCAGCCGAGGAAACCGAAGAAACUUCAGAUAGACCCAGCUCCGAACCCCCUAUUACUCAAUAUUCAACUACAGAAAAAUUGACUACGAGUUCGAAUCCUUCGACCACUUUAGCUAGAGAAACAGAAAAAACCGAAGAAACGGAAUAUACCGAAGAAACUGAAUAUACCGAAGAAACUGAAGAAACCUCAGAUAAACCUAGCUCUGAACCUCCUAUUACUCAAUAUUCAACUACAGAGAAAUUUACUACGAGUAAGAAUCCUUCGACAACUGUAACUGGAGAAACGGAAUAUACCGAAGAAACUGAAGAAACCUCAGAUAAACCUAGCUCCGAACCUCCUAUUACUCAAUAUUCAACUACAGAAAAAUUAACUACGAGUUCGAAUCCUUCGACGACUGUAACUGGAGAAACGGAAUAUACCGAAGAAACUGAAUCUACUGAGGAAACGGUAUACACUGAAGAAACGGAAUAUACCGAAGAAACAGAAUAUACAGAAGGAACGGGAUAUACUGAAGAAGCAGAUUACUCCGAAGAUAUCGAACCUUUUAUUCAAUCUUCAACCACAAAAGUAUCAACAUUAUCCCCGAAACCAACAACGGCUAUAACUGAAAGAACAAAAGUCGCGGAAGACGAACCCCAUACGGAGUUGCCUACUCAAUCUUCAACAGCGGAUAGAACUAAACCAACGUCAAAAACAGAUGCUACAUCAGUGACUCAUCAUGAUACGACAUCAAUAACUAAAAUAACUCCUACUACUCCUACGAGUCAGUCAUCCGUAGAACCGGAAUCAACCAUAUCCGAUUAUGGAUCAAAUACAACGACGACCGCUGUGGACACUACGUUUACUACAACUGAGAUAAGCACAGAAGUAACAUAUGAUUAUGGAUCAAAUACAACGACGACCGCGAUGGACACUACGUUUACUACGACUGACAUAAGCACAAAAGUAACAUAUGAAAUUUUUGAACCCAAAGAAACUACAACAUUUGUGGACGAACAAUAUGAAGAUAAAUCGAGUUCCCAAAUAAUAUCUAUUCAUACAAGUUUAAUAACAGUUGCAUUUUGUAUCGUAUAUCAUAUUAAUUUGUAAUUUAUCUAUAGCUAGUUAUUUGAUUUUAAUAUGUACAGUUAAAAACAUUUUAAAAUUUUAAAAUUAGAUACCUAGGGGGCAUGUCAAAAAAAUCAAACUCAAACGUAUUAUGAUUAUAAACAAAUCGUGAAAUUUAUUGAAUAAAUAAAUCAAAAUU